UCUCUAUCAAAGCCAUGAGAAGCUUGGGCUCCAAAACCCUUCCGUUACAGGUUGAACAUGGUGGGUUUCUUGCAGAGUCCCACCAUUGAAGGAGCAGCUGAGGAAGAGAAAGAAGACCUCAAAGUCCAACCUUUGUCAGAUACCAAGAAACCAUCUCUACCAAACGACCCGCUUGACCUCGGUCUCCCGGAGCUUGAAGAAUUCUCGUUGUCUUUUUCUGAUUCUUUUCUUGAUUUUGAUUCUAUUAACGGUUGGUUUAUGGAAGGGAAUCCUACCGUCGAGCUUUCUACUGAUCCAAGUAUGGCUGAUUUUGGAGGCAGCCCAGUUGGUUUUGGCUCGGUUCAAGGUGAAUUAGGGGCUUCUAAGGAGAGUUUUGAAGUGGGUAGUGAUUGCAAGAAAGAUGAAGGUGAAGAGGAGUUGGAUGGAGUUGUUGAGAGGAGUAGUCAAAUGGGAAGUGAUGGGGUCGCUGAGAAGAUUAAUGUGGAGGGGGUUUUGGAUGGAGAUGGAUCGGGUAGAAAUUUGGGAGAUUUAGGGUGUUUGAUUGAAGAACAGCUGGGGAAAGUAAGUUUGGAUGGGGCUUCAAAUUGUUUGGUUGCAGUUGUUGCCUCCAAGAAGGACGAGAAUGUAGAAGGUGAUGUGAGUGUUAUGGAUGGUAGUGAUGGCUGGAAGACUGGUGAAACGGUUAAAGUGAACACUAAUAGUAUGAGCACCAGUGCUGCCGACUGUACUGAUGCAGGUGGUGUAGUCGGAUUGUGUGGAAAUGGGAUGAAGGUUGAUAAAACUAGGAGUGAUAAAGAUGAGAGUGAUAGUGAUGUCGAGUCUGAAUGUGAGAGUUCUUCAUCUUCUUCUUCAUCAUCAUCAUCUUCUGGUAGUAGUGAUGAGGAUGAGGAAGUUGGAGAAAUGAAAGCCAAGAAUGAGGCUGGCACUGUUGACAAACAGAUUGACAUGGAAGAAGGUGAAAUUAUGUUAUCUGAUGCAGAUGAGAUCGCUGCUUGGAGUGAUGACGAAGAUGAUGAUGGUGGGAGUGUUAAGAAAGGACCCAUCAUAUCUAAGAAUGAGCUCAAGGUUCUCCCGCCGGUUCCUUGUGUUGAUGUGACCUUGCAACCACAUCACCAGACCCUUCCAGUUGGAAUAAUUUUGUCGAUCAUUGGUCCUCAAGUGAUUGUAGAAGGGGUUGAGAAACACAAUCCUCUCAAUGAGGGUUCAAUUCUUUGGAUUACGGAUAGCAGAUCACCGCUAGGCAUAGUCGAUGAAAUAUUUGGGCCUGUCAAGAACCCCUACUAUAUUGUAAGAUACAAUUCUGAAAGUGAAGUCCCUGCUGGAAUCCAACAAGGCACUUCGAUCUCUUUUGUUCCAGAAUUUGCAAAUCAUGUACUGAACGACAAGAGUCUUUACCAGAAAGGGUAUGAUGCAUCUGGUGAAAAUGACGAAGAACUGUUUGAUGAGGUAGAAUUUUCAGAUGAUGAGAAGGAGGCGGAGUACAAGAGGAUGCUUAAAACAAAGAAAAGGGCAACAGAGGAAUCUAAGCCAGGAACCAAAAGAAAGGAUAAAAGGAAGCAGAAAAAUCAGAAUAAGAACUGGAGUAGUAAUCAAGAUCCUGCAAGACAAACUCCGUUAGGUGGUGGUAACCUACCAGUUAAUGAAGGCCAAAAUGUAGCCCCAUCCACAGCAACAUCAUUAAAUCAAGAAAACUACUCAAGCUCAUCUGCGCUGAGACAGGAUUUGGCCGCUCCUCAAGCAACAUUUCUUCCAUUUCCCCAGGGGGCUCAGGCACCAGGUUUUGUUCCUCCUGAUGGAAUUUGGAGUAAUGGAUUUCCCCAUCAACAACAACAACAACAAAGCGUGAGCCUAGUCAAUGGACUGCCGCCAAAUGGUAUGCUAUGGAUGCAACAAAAUCAACCUUAUCAGUUAUAUCAAACACCUUUACAAACCGGCAUGGCGUUCCAACAGCAUAUGACUACAAUUGCUGGGUUGCCUUUAAACUUCAAUGCCUUGGGCGGACAAGCAAAUUUCAGUGGGGGGCCGGCUAUUGGACCCUGGUCUACAAGCCUCGAUCAGAAUAUGCUAAAUUCGUUGCAGUUUGGAAUGGGUUUGCCGCCCCAGAAUGCUUCUCUGCCUCUGAAUGGGGGCAGAGAACAAGCUGUUCCGUCUCAGGUAUCCCAAAUUAAUCAUAAUUUGCAGUCGUCUCCACCAAAUUUAGGCAAACCUCCGAGUUUCAAUCAAGGUCGUGGUGGUGGAAGAGGAGGGCAUCAUAGAGGCCGUGGUCGGGGGCGUUUUGGUGGUGGGAGGGGCAGAUAUCAAAACGGUUAAUGGGUUAAACUGUGUUCUUUGAACAUUUACAUACAAACUUUGAAGCGGCGUAUAAAUAUAUCAGUAGUUUUUCUCUAUCAAUUUUGCUCCCCUUUUUCCUGCAAAUGUUUGCAGUCUCGUAAUGUGUAAUAUUCUUACUGAGGUUUGACGAUGAUGUAUGAUGUUUAUUUGAAUCGGUUCUCUGCUCGUUCUUGUUCUCUA